AGUGUGCCUCUGUCCUUUGCCACAAACAUGAGGUUCACAUUCCCUCUCAUGGCUAUAGUCCUGGAAAUUGCCAUGAUUGUUUUAUUUGGAUUAUUUGUUGAGUAUGAAACGGAUCAGACUGUUCUCGAGCAGCUCAACAUCACCAAGCCAGCAGACAUGGGCAUAUUCUUUGAGUUAUAUCCUCUGUUCCAAGAUGUACAUGUUAUGAUAUUUGUUGGGUUUGGCUUCCUCAUGACCUUCCUGAAGAAAUAUGGCUUCAGCAGUGUGGGUUUCAACCUACUCAUUGCUGCUUUGGGCCUCCAGUGGGGCACUAUUGUACAGGGAAUCCUGCAAAGCCAGGGACAGAAAUUUAACAUUGGAAUCAAAAACAUGAUAAAUGCAGACUUCAGUGCAGCCACAGUUCUGAUAUCUUUUGGAGCUGUCCUGGGAAAAACGAGCCCCUCCCAAAUGCUGAUCAUGACAAUUUUAGAAAUUGUUUUCUUUGCCCACAAUGAAUACCUGGUUAGUGAAAUAUUUAAGGCCUCUGACAUUGGAGCAUCAAUGACGAUCCAUGCCUUUGGGGCCUACUUUGGCUUGGCUGUAGCAGGCAUCUUGUAUCGAUCUGGACUGAGAAAGGGGCAUAAAAAUGAAGAGUCCGCAUACUACUCAGACUUGUUUGCAAUGAUUGGGACUCUCUUUCUGUGGAUGUUUUGGCCCAGCUUUAACUCAGCCAUUGCUGAACCUGGAGACAAACAGUGCAAGGCCAUUGUAAACACGUACUUCUCUCUCGCUGCCUGUGUGCUCACAGCCUUUGCCUUCUCCAGCCUAGUGGAGCACCGAGGCAAGCUCAACAUGGUUCACAUUCAGAAUGCCACCCUUGCUGGAGGAGUUGCUGUGGGCACUUGUGCGGAUAUGGCAAUUCACCCAUUUGGUUCUAUGAUUAUUGGGAGCAUUGCAGGAAUGGUCUCUGUGCUUGGAUACAAGUUCCUGACUCCACUUUUUACUACUAAACUGAGGAUCCAUGAUACAUGUGGGGUCCAUAACCUCCACGGCUUACCUGGUGUAGUGGGAGGCCUUGCAGGCAUUGUGGCAGUAGCAAUGGGCGCCUCCAACACGUCUAUGGCCAUGCAGGCGGCUGCACUGGGUUCCUCUAUCGGAACAGCAGUUGUUGGAGGUCUGAUGACAGGUUUAAUUCUAAAGUUGCCUCUCUGGGGACAGCCAUCUGACCAGGACUGCUAUGAUGAUUCUGUUUAUUGGAAGGUCCCUAAGGCGAGAUAACUUGACAAUCAGUUCCAUGGACAUGAUGACCACAGCCAGCUGGAACCUGAAGUCUAAACACCA